ACCCUUGCUGGAACCUCGGCACGUCCCUGAACGUGGCGGCGAGGGUGUAGUCCAGCGAGCACUAGAGGAGGCCGAUGGGGGCGGAGACAGGAGCGGAGGCGGAGGAGAUAGUGAUCCUCCAGCUAGUCCAAGGGCGUCUCGGCAGCACGAGGUGGCGGGGAGGGCGGAGGAGGAGGAGAAGGAGGAGAAGGAGGCAGGCAGCGAUGAAAGAAGUGUCAGGGUCACUGACACCCCCCAGCACCCUCAGACGAGGAAGGAGUGGCGAUCGCAGCAGGCGAACACCGUGUGGGGGGAGGUGGGGAGGGACGGCGGUCCUGCAACGCAAUGCGGCGAGACCCCCUACCGUCCCCCACUGCCACCACCUCCCGCCCCCGCCAGCGGCAGCGCCACCAGGAAGUCCAGGCGAACGUCCAUGGGCUCGGCGGCGGGGUCGUCCGUAUCGAAGCGGACGGAGGCAGAGCGCUCCCCGACGGCGAUGACGGUCACCUCGAAACCCGCCAAGGGGCCUCGGCAGAGUCGCGCCCGCACGUCGGGGGCGAGGGCGGGCGGGCGUCCAGGGCCGCGGCGGCCAGGCAGCACCGUGAGGCCAUCCGCCCACUCAUCGUUCAGCUCAUCCUCGAACGCGUCCUGACCUGCAGCAGGCCCAGCAGCGACAUCAGCGAGAGGGAGGCCCACAGGGGCAGGCUGCGGACGGCGCCGCCGCCGCUGCCUGCGACCGCCCCCCGUGGCGUCCUCCAUCACGUGGUCCCUAACCGCCUCGCCGCCGCCAGCACGAACUUCAUCAGCCCCAUCACCGGGGCCCGCAGCACCACCGCCACGGCCUCCGCGCCCUCGCCGCCGCCGCCGCCGCGCGGGGGCAGCUGCAGCGCCAGGCACGGGCGCAGGCGGCUCGGCGGCAGGGCUCCGCAAGCCCGCCACCGCCGCGCGCAGAAGGCCCUCCGCGGCGCGCAACAGGCGCACCCCAUCGCGGGAGUGCCCUGCUGCCAGCCCCGCGGCCGCAUGCGCCGCGAGGAGGGCCCCGCGGGCCGCCUCCUCGGCGCGGCGCAGGCCGGCGGCCUUCGGCGAGAGCGAACCCGGCAUCGGCCACGCGGCGAGCGCGCCGAAGGCGCGGCCCAGCGGCACGGGGCAGGAGCCAAGACGGUUCUUAAGGAGGAGAAGGAGGAGGAGAAAGAGGGGGAGGAGGAGGAGGAGAAGGUGCAAGAUGGGCAGGAGGAGCAAGAAGAAGAGGAGCAAGAGGGGGAUGAAGAGGUGGAGACGUUGGAAUAACAAUAACUUACUUCUUUUCUCCUUGAAGCCAGCGCCCUGCCCAAUGCCACGAACCGUGCCCACCUGCGACCACGUGCCCCAUUCCCCAACUACAGGGGCAACACAGAUCAGAAUGAGGGUACCCAGCCGUCUUACAUUACCCUCUGGUGUGUGGUGGGUACAGGUUCCGCGGGGCAGAUGGUUCAGGUGUUCGUAUUUGCAUACGGUCACUGCCCAGUAACCCCGGAUGGUGCACAACGUGAUGUGUCACGUAAGCUGCUGCUGGGGUCUGGCAACUCCUCGCACACACCCACUCAACACACAACACACACAACACACAGCACACACACACACCACACACACACAGCACGCACAACACACAACACACGCAACACACACCACACACACAGAGGGUGCAAUGGCAAAACUCAUCUACCAACAAUGGUUGACGGAGUUGACUCCAGCCGGAUCAACGGGCAGCAGAGCGUUGACACCUGAGCUGUGCAGUUACAGCUGCACGCCAGCCUAACGCAUCGUCG